AUGUGCACUUAUAACAGUCUAGAGCUUCAGUUUAGCUUUUAUUACAAGUUUCAACCGCCAACUGUCGAAGAUUUUGCGGUCCUCCUCCGCCGCCGCCUCGUAGCUGCGUUCCAUGACUUGAGUAUUCGUGCCGCUGUCGUAUCUAUUUCCGGGAGCUUCUCUGGAGCAGCCCCCCCUGUGGUGGACUUGGCAGCCCGCGUCAUGCGCGCUCUGACAGCCUCGGACACCUUGGCAUGCUUUUGUGCGCUGCUGACGUCUGCCACCGAAGCCGCGCGUGGCGCUCAAAAUUCCAGGGAUGCGCGAGUUCGUGCCGGCACGCUGGCUUCCGCGCUGGGGCUGUUAGCGGAGUGCGUGUCGAUCCUCAGUGCGCUUAGCAAUACGAUCCAGGCCACGCCAGCUGGCCAGCUUGCCGAUGUGGAAGCCGAGCUGAAUAACAGUCCUUUUCUUGAACAUGUGUCAGUCCUGGUGCAGCAACUUUCGCACUUUCAGGAGGCUCGUCCGCGGCUCGCGACCCAGAUGCUGCAGUUUGGACGUGCUUUGGGGGUUCUUUACGAAGCGGCAACCCGCGUUCCGUCGCGCAAGUUUGAGCACCGAAAACAACAUUUGCAACGAGGUCACCAGGAUCAGCAGGGACAACAACAGCAAAGCGCCAUACCCGCGCACCGCAGCAGUUGGCUGGGCCUCUCCCCUAAACCCUGUAUGAACUACCUGCUCUGCAGCAACGUCGUGCUGCUCUGCACGGCGCUGGACGGCAAGCGCCAAUCGUACGGGUUGCCGCCGUUACUGGGGGAAGCGACGCCGCCGCACAGUGCCGCCGUCGCGGCGGCGUGGAGCUGGGCGCCGGCAUCCGGCACCGCAGCGAGCGUGCUGCCUCUGUUCGGACCCGACGGCAAACCCAGCCGGCACGUCAGUUGUUGGGGCACCCCUCCGGCGUGUCAAAACCAGGCCACGGCCUCUGAGCAUGUCCAGGGUGGUCUUGAGGCGGGAAAGGAGCAGCCGGCAGAAACCACUGCCCUGGCCCUGACCCAAAUCGCUCGCAGUUCGAAGCGGGACCGGAACCGUAAGAAGGGCGGCAGCCCGGCCCACACUACCUGUCAAAUCCACCAGGACACCCAGGCGGUUGGCGACCCAAAUGACAGCGACCCGAAGGGGCGUUGUGCCAAGCUUCACUCGAACAAAGGGGACCCAAGGCCAUUAGAGCCAUUAGCACACACCGAAAUCCGACUCAGCGCGGGGGCUCAGCAAGCCUGUCCGCCGGGGACUCCUCCACCCCCGCAAAGCCACUCCCAGCACUCCGGCAGCGGUGAACCUCCGGAAGCCGAGAAGCCUCCAGAAGUCCUAUCCGCGCAACUGGCCCUCGCCGCCCUCGCCGUCUGGAACGCACACGCGUCGUCGCACCCUGCGGUUGCCGGAGACUUGGCCGCGGAGCCAGCGGGCUCAGCUCAACUAUUUGGGUUCUCGGCCCUAAGGGCCACUGCGUCCCAGCUGGCUGCGAUCAACGGCGGCGGAGCAGUCAGUGGCGGUGGUAGCGGUGCAGGCGACGCAGUCUUUCUCCAGGAACCUAAGGGGCCCGCGGACAUAAGGGCAAAGCUCUUGGCACCGAGCUUGGAGGUUGCUCGGGCGCUGGGCGAGCAGGGCAAGUGCCACAAGGACGUUUGGCGAGACCUUGCCGCCAUGCGAAUGCAGAUCUCAGAGUCGCGCAUUCGACUGGUGGAAAUGAGGUUUGGCGCCGCCUCGCCGCCGAAGCCGCCUUACGGCUACAAGCUUGACAAGAUGGAAGCUUCACUUGAUCGAGCCUGGGAGAACCUGGCCGCAAGGGAGCCCGAAAUCGAAAAGAGCGUGGCAGACUGGGAGAAGCAGCGGGCCUUGAUCCAAUCCGUUCUGUGGAUGUACGUGCCGCCCUUCGCCUACAAGCCCACGCAUGCGCUGUGCAUGCGCCUCUGCCGCGCGGCCCUGGCUUCCUGGCGCGCGGGGUGCCGACCCGCGGAUCUGUCCCAUUCGCAGGGCCCAGUGGCGACACUGGCUGCCGCCGCCACCGCCAUUCCUGCACCGCCUCAGGCGCCGGUUUCGGAACCCCAGGGCGCCGCUGCCACAGGCGCCAUUGCGUCGGGACAGCGUCAGGACGUGGGUUCAGUCGGAACAGUUCCCAGUCCCGAUGCCCCGGGGCAGCCAUCCUCACUGCCGAGGGCACCCUUGGCGGACACGACCAUCACUGCCGCCGCGACGGGGGAUGCGGCGCCAGCAGAGGCGGCAGCCGCAGCGGCCGGGCAGCAGCCGCCACCGCUGACGCCGCCGCAAGCGGUCUUAUCAGCUGCGGAGGCCCCACUGGUGGUGGCAUCCAGCUUGCGCUGCGCACGUGCUGUCCUUAGGAUUGCACUGUGGGUCCAUGAGGCGUAUCACCGCACUAAGCCGUAUGCGCAGCAGGGGCUGCCUCGGCAAGUACACGAGCCAGCAGAGGGCUCAGCGGCGGCACUGGCGGGGCCGGCCGGGUCAGCAGCCGGGGCGGGUGAUCCGAGCCAUCUGGGCGACGGCCGCGGGCCUAGCCGGACGCCGCCGCCCCCACCGCUGGGCACGAUGCGGCGUCUGCGGGAGUGGUGGGGGCUGCUUCUGCAGGCUGCGGAGCUUGUAGUCGAGGGCGCGGCGCGGGGGGAGGCGCUCCGCCGGGUAACAUCAGCGGCUGCCGGACACCCAGGCUGCGCCGCCGGAAUGAGGAGUGGCGGAUUUGUGGAGGGGGCGGGGGUUGCGGCCGCACAGGAGGUCGUAGGGAUGGUAACCUCGAGUCUGUUGGACAUCAACUGUGGCGACGGAGAUGCGUCUGGUGCUGACGGCGGUAGCGCCGGUGGCGGCGGCGGCGGUGGCGCAUCUGGUGCUGGCGGUGGCGGUGCUGCAUCUGGUUGUGGCGGUGGCGGUGCGGCCAGCGGGUUACCCGCUCACAUUUGGCCGCUUCAUGAUCAACAUCGUCACACUCACACCACCUUCCCGUGUGCACCCGCUCUAACUGGUAGACGACAUGUGCGCAUGCAACUGUACUCGCUUGCUCUUUGCCGUCCUUCCGCCCUCCUUUCCCUGUCGUGCCACCUGCCCUUUCCCCCACCCCACCGGCUGCCGGCGGGAUGUGCGGUAGCAACGGCAGAAGCCAGACCGGCGGCAGAUAGGUGCCGCGGUGGAGUGGAGGACGGAACUUGGGAGGCUCCUGCUGCGGCUACCGUUGCUGUUGCGGGCCAAAGCCCCGAUGGCGUGAACCCCCGGCCAGCUGAGCACUGCAGCCUGCCUUGCAGUCCUAGCCUUGACGUCGCCGCAGCACUGAGUGCAAACUGGCUGCGUGCCGUACGGCGUAUGCUGCUGACGGUGGUGGUGGCGGAACCGCCGCUACCGCAGAUGCCUCGAUUAGAUACGGAAGUCUUCGUCGCCGCCGGUACCGACGCUGCCGCGGCUGCGCAUAUUGGCGGUGAUGCAGCGCGAGCAGCCGCACCCGGCGCUGGUCCCACUCCCGCCGCCGCCGCUGGCGCCUGCCCUGCCGCAGCAUCUAAUUCUGUUUCGCUGUGGCGCAUGCUGCCUCUGACUCAGAAGUGGGCCGAUGUGGCCGCCUGUGGUAGCGACGGUGGUAGUGGUGGUAAUGGUAGUGGCGUCGUUCCCAGGCAACGAGCAUGGUCCCAAACGUGGACUCAGGUCAUGGCGUAUGCAACCGACCCACGGGAUGUUACCGAGCUGGUGGAGGUGGUGCGAAUGCUGCUGCUCCGGAGCAUGGGUGGCCUUUCCGCAGCAACUAGUGACGUAGCGGCGGCGGCAGCGGCGGCGGUGCCGCUCCUGGAUUGUUGUGGCGGUGGCGUAGCUGGAGCAAAUGGCAGCUGCGGUAACGGUAAUGGUAACGGUAACGGAAGCACCGACGUCAGCGAGUUAUCAUCGUGUUGUAACCGCAGCAGGGAAGAGCCACCGGAGGCCUGCCGGGAGGGGGGGGUAUCCACAACGCAGGGCAGGAAGCAAAGCGGGCGGAGAGGCGGAGAGGGGGGUGGAGGACGCGCUGGCGGCGCACGGCGGCAGCAGACGUGGGAGGAGCAGCGUUUGGCGGCUGCGGUGGCGGUGGCGUCACGUCUCGUGGGCCCUACGUUGCAUUGGCGUGCGCAUUUGGUGGCAGCGGAGGGCAGAGGGCCAGAGGCGGGUUCGAGGUCGGAUGGUGACGAGACGUCGCGCAUGGCGCGGGAGGAGCAGGCGGAGGCGGAGGAGGGGCAAGAGGCCCGCACCCGCGUGUCGUCGUUGCAGGGUGGCAUUGGCGGACGUGCUGGAGAUGGCCAUAGACUGCAGCCGCGAUCAUUCCUUCAGCAGCAGCAGCCCUGGCAGCAGCAUCAACAGCAGCAAGGGCAUGGGCACGAGCUAGGGCAGAGACAAGGACCGAAUGCUGUCAACACAAAUGCAGUGUGCGGAGAAAGCUGUCGUACAGAGGAGACGUACUGCGGCGGCAACAGCAUUAACAUGCCGGCGGAAAGCGGUGUUAUGACCACCAACAGGGGGUCCGCCUGCACCAGUGCUGACGUCACUGGCGGAGCCGUCGGUAUCCGUACUGACGCCGCCGACGCCAAUGUGCACCUGACCAGCUGCCCUGGUGUCCCGACGACGGAGGACGGCCCCGGAGCACACAAUGUAGUCCCGGCGGUCCCUGUUCCCACCGCUGCUGCAAAGCCUCACCCGAGGAGGGUCGCGCAGGUUCAAUUGUUCGAGGCGGUCAGCCAUAUCUUGAGGGAAUUACUGCCGGUCUUUUUGCAAGCUGUACGCCUAUUGCCGUACGAUGAUGAUGGUGAUGUCACAGCCGGCAGGGCGAUGGUGAUGCCAGCGGCGGCGACGGCGGCGGCGGGGAGCGAGGGUGGUGAUUGGCAUCGCGGUGACGCAGAACUCGGCAGGGGCUGCAGUGCCGGCAGUAGUGGCUCGUUGAUGCGUGCGGCUGUAGCCGUUGAGGAGCGCUGCCGGGGCGAAGGCGGAGACAGCGCAUCGGAGUUGGCGGAGGCGGAGGCGACGGUGCCGAGCGUUGGCUGGGCGCCUGACGAAUUGUUCUUCACGGCGGCUACGACAGCCGUGGGAUGGCUGCGGUACAUCCCGCCCGAUGUGGGCGAGAGCUGGAAUGCGGCUGCGACCACCGCCGCUGUUGCUGCUGCUGCCCCGCAGCCGGUAUCUGCUGCUGCCGCCACAACCGCAAGGGCACCUGCCGGCACAGUGGCCCACGCUGCCGCAUCAGCAUCACCAGCGCCAGUGACGAAUGCGUCGACUUACACGACAGACACGGUGGCGGCAGUCCAUGUCCACGAGGGCGAGGGGGCCCCGGCGGCAUGCGCUGAGCUCCUCCGAUCAAUGGAUAGCAGCGGCACGCCAGUACGGCAGCACGAAGGAUCCUCCCGCAAACCUUCCCUCCCAAACCUUCCGUUUGGCUCACCGCAUGCAUCUGGGCGGGAAGGUGUACGGCAUCUUCAGGCCAUGAAGGCCGAUCUCCUGUCGCUGCUGGGCCUGCUGAUACGGCGGUUAAGCCUCCGGCACAUGUCACGUGUUUCGGAGCAGGCGCACGUGGGUGGAGGUGUCUAUGAGGAUAGGGCUUCAGUGAUUGGCCGGGAGCAAGGGCCAGGGGUUGGGGCUGGUGUGGGCAGGUUGCCGGGAGCAAAGAGGGAGGGGGCCUCGCAGGGCGCGGAGAUGGAGGUGGAUGCAGAGCCGAAGAGCCUGGCGGAUACGACAGCGGAGUCAGGGGCGGUGGAGGCGGAAGCAACGCCAAAGGCGGAGGCAGAGGCGAGGAUGGGUGUAGUAUUGGAUGCGGCAGAAGGGAGGAAAAGGGGAUGUGAGGAAGAAGUGCAGGGUUUGCAAGGCCUGGAGCAGAGCCAGGCAGCUGUAGAGGCAGCGGCGCCGGCGACAAACACCAAGGCCAAGCGCGAGAACCCACUCCAGGAGCACCGGCAUGGAACACCGGCUGCAUCAGCUUCGGAAGGCACGGGCAGCAGCGCGGCAGCUAACGUUCAGCAGUCGCUGCCUGUAGCGGUGAGAGCGCCCCCUUGGGAGCUGUAUGCCGCGGCGCAGGUCCAAUGGGUGCUAAUGAACCUGACCCGCGCACUGACGUAUGAGACGCGAGAGGCCUUCCGGGCCAGACCUGCCGUACAACCCGACAGGAAGGAAGUGCAGGCAACUUCCUUCCCUGAGCAUCGUACGAGGUCAGCAGCGACGGCAGCAUCUACACCACCGUUGCUGGAAUACGGCGCCGUCGAGGUGUUGCUGGGCCCGUCGGGGUUACUUCCGUCGCCCCGGCUUCUGGCGGUUCUGACGAGGCUGGUGACGGAGGGCCGACCGGCUUCUGAGGAUGACUUGCGGGAGAUGCGAGCGGAAAUUGUGGGCGCAUGUGAGGCCGUCGGUUUGAGGUCAUGUUCGGGGAGCCCAUGCUCCAAUGUGUUGUGUUGA